AUGUGUGAGAUUAAAGGCCACAACUCAUCUGUCACAUCAGUUAACUUCUCUUUGACGGAUUCAAACAUUUUGUGUAGUGGUGAUGCGAAUGGCAUUUUUCGUAUUUGGGAUCUUCGCACAAAGAAGACCACAAAAGCGUACCAAUUUCCAACCAAAACGGACAUCACGUCUUCUCAAUGCUUUGAUGAGAAGUGUUACAUUUCAAGCGAAAACAAUGUUCACCUUUUUGAUUUGCGAGUUGGUGGAUUAUUUAUGAAAACGCCACUGUUCACUACAAUAGCAGAGGACGAUGUCAACAAAAUAAAAGUAGACAAAGACCACGAGGAACUUGCUUUUUGUGAUGACAGUGGGUCUGUGACUGUUUUAAAAGUUUCAGACAACACCAUCACUUCAAAGCUUUCUCAUAUCCAUCAAUCAGUUUGUCCUUUACAAAAUAAUGAACACAAAAAUGAGACUCACACACAUUUGUGCUCGGACAUCGUCUUUGAUAUAAAUAAGAAGGUUGUUUAUACAAGUGGCCUUGACAUGACCGUUAUGAAAUCUCUGUACCUCCCUUCGCAAAACGUUCUGAUGAAAUCGUCGUUUAAGAACACCACAAGUAAUACACUCGUUAACCCACCAAUGGCUCAUUCAAUCGAUUUAAAUGGACGCGGUACCCAACUUUUGGUGGCAUGCGGUGACGGGUCUGUCUAUUGGUUGAACACGGGAGACUUGAAAGUAAAUAGAAAGUUCGAAAUCUCACUCGGAAUGGCUCAACAAGCACUUUACUACAACCACGACUCGCUAUACCUCUUUGCAACACCCAACGAAUUGCAAUGCAGAUCAAACGUUUUUGAAAUGGUUUUUGCAAGAAAUUUCUGUAAAAUCAACGACGUUGCUGCGAACGACAAGACAAGGCAGAUUGCGGUUGCGGAUCACUCAUGUGAUAUUCACUUUUUUGAAACUGCUGAAGAGGAGGAGUGUUGA